AUGGCAAAAGAUAUUGAAGAUAUUGCGACCUUAACUGAAUUUGGGAUUCUACAAUCUGGCCAAAUUUAUCAACAACAAUUACAACAACAUCAACAGCUUAAGAAUUUUCCAUUCAAGACUAAUACUAUACCUUUGGGUUUAAAACAUUCAGUUGGAAGUAAUGAUAAUGAAGCUUUUACAGAAGGAGAUGAUUGUGGUUUAAGUGAGAAUGAUGUUCUGAUUGAAGAAUUACUACUUCUGAUUUUGAUGAACUUGAAUCAGACCAUGAAUAUUUUAGCAAACAUUAAUUUUAACAAGUCUCAGACUGCACAAAGACAGGUGGGUGAACAGGUGUCUUCAACACAAGAGAAACAGAAACAGAAUGAUAAUAAACAACUGAUACAAGUUAGCAGUAUUUCUACUGUACUUACAACUAACAAUAUGAUAAACUGCUCUGGCGAAGCUGCAGAAGCUCCAAAUUUUGCUCUUAAAAGUAAACAAACAAAUACGGGCCAAUCAGAUAUUCUGUUACAAUAA